AUGUCUCAGGCCGUUAGUCGACCGUCGAGGCGGAAGGAGAAGUUCAAGAUUUUGACUGUUGAGCCUUCCCGUCGCAAGGAUGGCAAGAACGUUAGCACAGAGAAGGAGACAACAGCUAGAGAGCCAGAGCCAGAGCCAGAGCAGGCUCCCUUGCCAGCUACAGAGGCAGUACCAGCAUUAUCACCAUCUCCAACUCAUAUACCCCAGCCAGAGCAUAUGGACAUGGACGUGGUCGAAGCCCUAACGUCUCCAUCCACCACCCAAUUCACCACCAACGACCUCAGUCAAUCGUACAUCUCCUCGCCAGAGUUUAUAGUCGAUGAACUCAACGCGUUGCACAACCUCUCAAAUCCCUAUCAAGGAAUGACGCCGCCCCUCCUCGACUCCAGCGUCUUCUCCGAUCUAGACAACCCAGCAAAUGACGUCUUCCUCCCUGGCUCAGCAUACGAGGCUCUCCAUACAGCACUUCGGAACCGCCAGCUCUGGACAGCGCGUCCAGAUAUACCAAGUCGAACAGGCUCUCCUACACCAGGCGUCGAAACUGCACCAGAUCGACGGAGCGAGUCGCGCAGGCCAGGGCGGUUCGAGGUAUCUCCAGACAGGGAAAAUAUACUUUGGCAGAACUACCUGAAUGAAAUAUCUCGACAUGUUCGACAACCACCGCCACUUCGCCUCGACAUUCCCCCAGAUGGCCAAGUCGGCUCCCCAUCUCCGCUACUCCAUCCUCGCCCUCUCAGCGCGGCAGAUGGAGCGCAAGCAGAACGAGCACUCGCAGUCGGAGAGUCUGUCGCUGUACCAAGAAGCCAUCCACUUGCUCCUCCCAGAGCUGGAAAGCAAGUCGACGCCCGUCAUUGCCUCGUAUUGACGAAACCAGGCAACCCCAAAGAAUGGCGCCGCCACCUCGACGGCUGCGCAUAUCUCAUCCAAGCCGCCGGGAUAAACGGGUUCUCGGGGAAUGAAGAGCAGGCGUUGUUCUGGUGCUUUGCGCGAAUGGGUAUCCCACCCCUCCCGGUCUCUGGUCUCUCUACAUACGUCUGCGGCGGCCUCAUCUCCGAAGAAGAAACCAUCAUCCCAGUUUAUCACUGGAUCCCCCCAGACAUGACCCCCACCGACGCAACAGCCCUCUUCCUCGCCUCCAACCACGACACCUACGCAAACUACACCGUCUACCUCUGCGCCCAAACCCUGCGCGUGCUCUUCCGCCGCACCGCCCCGGCCUCCUCCUCCCCUUCGUCUCCCUCAUACCCCGGCAGUCCCUCCGAGAGCAGCGACACCUACAUAACCCGGUGGACGCACCUCUUCACCUCCGUGGAAACAUGGUACGCCCACCGCCCUAGCCAAAUGAAAUCCAUCUUCAAUAUGCCCACAUCCUCCAGCUCAUCCGCACCCCGGUCCGGGGGCGGGUUCACUGAGCGUCCCUUCCCAACAGUCCUCUACGCCAACGGCGCCGCAAUCUCCGGAAACCAGCUGUACCACACGUGCGCAUUGCUGUUACUGCAACACAAACCAAAAACCCUCGAGCUCGCUCUUGCGCGGCCGCGCCCGCGAUCCGUCCUCUGGCACGCGCGCCAGAUCUGUGGCAUUUCGGCGUCGAAUGCGCACCAUGGGUGCUGGACGAAUGCGCUGCAGCCGCUGUGGAUUGCGGGGAAGGUCAUGUCGCACUACUCGGAGCAUGAGGCUAUUUUGGAGACGUUGGAGAGGAUUGAGAGGGAGACCGGGUGGGCUACGGCGUGGAGGGGGGAGGAUUUGAGGGGGUUUUGGGGGGAUGAGGGGGAUUGGGAUGGGGAGUAA